CAUAAAUAUUUUUUUUAUCUAUCAAACUCACUCUUAUUUAAAAAUGUAUAAUUUCUUUUUUUUCUGUUGAGUCUCCAAACUUUUCAACCCGCCCUCAUAUGUUAAUGUUGGAUAAUUUUAAAUAAACUGUUAAUUAUAUAUGUCAAUUAAAAAAAUUGAAUGGAAAGGAAUAGCAGUAUUCAUCAAAUUUCAAAACACACAAGAUUAGUUCGUGAAAAGUUUAACCCGCGUGAUUGUGGCUACAGAUCGACAAAGUAUCGCUAUAGUUGACAGAUAUUAAACCACGUUCACACAUAUGGCUCGGUUAUUUGUUUGAUACAUAUAUAACGUCUAUCGGUAUUUUAUUCGGUGCACACGAGCAUACUUCUAUUUUUUAUUUAUGCAUUAUUUUACGAAGCGAAGGAUUUUCACAGAAGAUCGACGAUGAAAUAUAGAGAAAUAUGGUAUCGUUACUUUCAAGAUUAAUUACCAGUACUACAACUUUCCAAUGCGCCAAACUUUUUCGGAGUAUUGAAAAACUUCGAUAUUCUCAAUCUUGUUUUAAUGCUUCGAAAGUGAGUAAAGAAUUCGAUUGUUCUGUAAGUAAUAUUUAAAAGAAUAAAGAUAACGCGCGUAACAUGAUUAAACGAUUCUUUGAGUUAAUUUCUCGUUUCUAUUCCCAAUCCUAAAAAACAAUCAUUUAUAUUUCAGAAAUCUUCAGAUUAUAUUACUCGUUUGGCAAUGCCAAUUGAUAUUGAAAACAUAAUAAAUUUUAUGUGUGGGACUUAUUUUAGACAUGAAUCAUCUAUGAUAAAUAUCGGGCUUAGCAAGGAUCCACCAUUAACCUCUAUGAUAAACCUCACGAUAAAACUAAUAAGACACGGUAUGACGAUAAUCGCAGAGAAUUCAGAUCAUUAUAUAAUCGGUGUUGCUGUAAACAUUUGCUCGUGCCCAUGGGAUCCAAAGAAAAUGAUGGAAUAUGCUAGAAGGUGCGAGGAAAAGGGACCAAUGCGAGAUAUGAUAGAGUUCUUCGCUUACGUGUCUAGUAAGCCAGAUGUCUGGAAUCGUUAUUGCGUUCACAAGGUGUUUGAGUGCAGCAAUGUGGCGGUCGAUCCAGAAUAUCGUGGAAUGGGUAUAGCCAAGAAGCUCAUCGAAGAGAGUUGGUAUCUCGCACGAGACUGUAGUUAUCGGUUGUUCCGUAUAGACUGUAGCAGCAGAUACACAGCUAGAAUCGCACAAGGUUUCGGAUGGAAUAAAAUCUGCACGAUACCUUAUUGUCGAUACGUCAAGAACGGCGAAAUGGUAUUCCAACAUAUACAAGAACCUCAUACGGAGAUCCAGGUUUAUGUCGAUCGUGUCAAUUUUCUUGAAGCAUACCAUUUGCCAUAUAAAAUUGUAAGUCAAAGUAAUAGCAAAGGAUAAAGAACAAAAAAAGAUAAUUUGUAUAAGAGAUAAUCCAAGCAUCUUUAAUAAUCCAAUAAUCAUUAAUAAUUGUUUUAUCAUAUAUAAUAUUUCGAGAGAUUUCAAGAGAUAUUAAUUAUCUAUAUUAUUGUCUAUCGAGUUAACAAUGUGCUUU